AUGGUAGCUAUAGAGGAGGGAUUAGUUGGUAGGGCUAGUGAUACAGGUGGUGACAUGAGCGAGGCAAUUGGUGAUCAUGCCGAGGGAAGAAAAAUAUCAACCAUGGAAGACUUGUCUAGUAUGGUAAAGUUAGCUUCUCUUCUUUGUUUGAUUUUCAUAUCACCAUGGACAGCUUCUGCUGAUUUGACUAUGUUUACUGUGUUUCAGAUUGGAAAACAGAGCAUGACUAGAUUGCGUAACACGCAUACGAUUGUAACAGUCAAUGGACAGUAUCCCGGCCCCACUAUAUAUGUUAACGAAGGAGAUAAUCUGAUUGUUCAAGUGGAAAACAACGAGCCCUAUAAUGUGACUAUACCUUGGCAUGGAGUAAAGCAGUUGAUAUCACACUGGGUAGAUGGAGCGGCCUACAUAACGGAGUGGCCCAUUAAUGUUCGCAGUAUAUUUGACUACAACUUCACAAUCACAGGGCAGGUAGGGACAUUGUGGUGGCAUGCAGACAUUUCAUAUGAGAGAGCCACUGUGCAUGGAGCAUUGGUCAUUUUACCUCGUGCUGGAAAUGAUUAUCCAUUUCCAAAACCAGACGCUGAGUUUCCUAUCAUUUUGGGAGAAUGGUGGAAUGCGAAUGUGGAAGAUAUGGUAGCAGGAAGUAUACCAAGUGACCUGGACGCAUACACCAUUAACGAUACCACCCGGAUUUGGGUUGAGAGAGGGAAAACUUAUCUUCUGAGGAUUAUAAAUGCUGCGAUGAUUAAUCAUUCAUCCGUGUUCAAAAUUGCGCAGCACAAUAUGACUGUUGUGGCUGUGGAUGUCGUGUAUACAAAACCUUACACAACUGACAUGCUGGUCAUACAGCCAGGUAGCACUAUGGAUGUGCUCAUCACAGCUAACUACAUCGGCACCCGCGUACUCAACAGCCAGGCUGUAGGGACUGGGUCCUUCAAUACUAGUGCAACAACAAUAUUGCAAUACGAAGGCAACAGUUCUGAAUCCUCCUUUCUCCAGCAAAGUCAAGCAUUUUCUUUGGUAUUCAAUUCUGUUGGAAACUAG